AUGAGUGACUCGGACGAGAAUUUCGACAUGGACGUCUCCGGGUCCGACUCCGAAGGUUACGCCCCCGCCGCGAAGAAGAAGGCUGCUGCUCCCAAGAAGGCCGCCAUCAAGGCUGCACCCAAGGCUGCUGCGAAGCCGAAGACUACGAAGAAGAAGGUGCUCGCGGACAAGGACGACAAUGCGGACAGUGACCGCGAAGACCCUAUAGACGAAGACGAGGGCCCGUCAGUGGCCGGUCCUUCCUCCUCUCCCGUAGUGAAAGCCCCCACUAAGAAGAAGACAGCCUCAGAGACAUACACCAAGCUCUCGCAAUUGGAGCAUAUUCUCAAGCGUCCCGAUUCCUACAUUGGAAGCGUGGAGACCAUCACUGCGAUGAUGUGGACGUGGGACUCGGAGAACAAGCGGAUGGUUCACCGAGAAAUCAAGUACGUUCCGGGUUUCUUCAAGAUUGUGGACGAAAUUCUUGUCAAUGCUGCGGACAAUAAGAUUAAUGAUGCCACUAUGGACACAAUCAAGGUCGACAUCGACGUCGAGAAUAACACCAUCUCCGUGUACAACAAUGGUCGUGGUAUCCCCAUUGAGAUGCACUCGAAGGAGAAGAUUUACAUCCCCGAGCUCAUCUUCGGCCACCUCCUCUCCUCCUCCAACUACGACGAUGACGAGAAGAAGCUCACCGGUGGUCGUAAUGGUUACGGAGCUAAGCUCGCCAACAUCUACUCAACGCAAUUCACCGUCGACACCGCGGACAAGAACUCGAGCCAGAAAUAUGCGCAGACGUGGACGGAGAACAUGAGCAAGAUGGGCAAGGCGAAGAUCACGAAGAACAGCAGGGGUGAGGAGUAUACCCGCGUCUCGUUCAAGCCCGACCUGAAGCGAUUCGGGAUGGAGAGCAUCGACGAAGACACGGUCUCUCUGCUCAAGAAGCGCGUCCACGACUUGGCAGGCACGGUGAAGGACGUGAAGGUGUUUCUGAACGGGGAACGCCUCAAGAUCAAGAAUUUCAAGCAUUACGUCGAACUCUUCAUCAACUCUGCUGCCGAGCAGGCCGCGGAUGCUUCGGGCGGCGCGGCGCAAGCAAAGCCUAGUGUCGUUUACGAGAAGAUUGGCCACCGGUGGGAGGUCGCUUUCGCAGUCUCGGAGGGGUCAUUCCAGCAAGUCUCGUUCGCGAACUCGAUCUCGACUGUCAAGGGAGGCACACAUGUGACCUACAUCGCGGACCAGUUGGCGAAGAGCCUCAUCACGUCCAUCACGAAGAAGAACAAGGCGGCGACGGUGAAGCCAGCACAAAUCAAGAAUCACAUGUGGAUUUUCGUGAACGCGCUCAUCGAAAAUCCGACAUUCGACAGUCAGACGAAGGAGACACUCACCUUGCCCGCGAGCAAGUUCGGCUCGAAGCCGAACCUCUCGGAGGAUUUCAUGAAGAAAGUGGCUAAGACGAGCAUCGUGGACCAUGUCUUGAACUGGGCAAAGUUCAAGGCUGACCAGCAACUAAAGAAGACUGAUGGGAAUCGGAGAACGAGGCUCACUGGAAUGACGAAGCUUUCCGAUGCUAACAACGCUGGCGGGAGGAAAGCUUCAGAGUGUACUCUCAUCCUCACGGAAGGUGACUCCGCCCGAGCUCUGGCCAUCGCUGGUCUCGGUGUUGUCGGUCGCGACAACUUCGGCGUUUUCCCUUUGCGUGGAAAGUUACUCAACGUGCGCGACGCAAAGCACGACCAGAUCAUGAAGAACGAGGAAAUCCAGGCCAUCAAGAAGAUUAUGGGUCUUCAGCACAACAAGGAGUAUUCGGACGUGACGACCUUGCGCUACGGUCGCCUCAUGCUCAUGACUGAUCAGGAUCACGAUGGUUCGCAUAUCAAGGGACUCCUCAUCAACUACUUGGACCACUUCUACCCGUCCCUACUCAAGGUCCCAAAGUUCCUUGUGGAGUUCAUUACGCCCGUCGUCCGUGUGUGGAAGGGCAAGGAGAUCAUCAACUUCUACACGAUCCCCGAGUACGAGAUAUGGCUCGAAGAGACUCCUGACUCGCACAAGUGGCAGCAUAAAUACUUCAAGGGUCUUGGUACGAGCAAGGACGAGGACGCCCGGGACUAUUUCCGAGAUAUGAAACGUCAUAUGAUUCCCUUUUCCACUACACAGGAGGGCGACCAUUCACUCAUCGAGCUCGCCUUCAGCAAGAAGAAGGCAGACGAUCGUAAGGAAUGGUUGCGCCAGUUCGAGCCGGGAACCUUCCUCGAUCACACACAGCGGGAGAUUCCCAUGUCUGAUUUCAUCAAUCGGGAACUCAUCCUGUUCUCGAUGGCGGACAACAUCCGAUCGAUCCCGUCCGUGUCCGAUGGACUCAAGCCCGGUCAACGUAAGGUCAUCUGGUCUUGUUUCAAGCGUAACUUGAAGCGCGAGAUCAAGGUUGCCCAGCUAGUCGGUUAUGUCUCCGAGGUGUCUGCAUAUCACCACGGUGAAGCUAGUUUGAUGGCCACGAUCAUCAACUUGGCUCAAGACUUUGUCGGGAGCAACAACAUGAACUUGCUCAUGCCGAACGGUCAGUUUGGUACGCGUGACCAGGGCGGCAAGGACCACGCCGCGGCUCGUUACAUCUUCACCGAGCUGGCGCCUGUCGUCCGCACCGUGCUCCACCCGGCAGACGACGCCAUUCUCACCUGCCAGCAGGACGACGGCAAGACGGUCGAACCGGAGUGGUACAUGCCUAUCCUCCCGUUGGUUCUGGUGAACGGUGCCGAGGGUAUUGGUACUGGUUGGAGUACUUCAGUCCCUUCGUUCAACCCUGAGGAUAUCAUCAACAACAUCCUUCGUCUCAUGAAGGGCGAAGAGCAAGUACCGAUACUGCCUUGGUGGCGUGGGUUCUCCGGCGAGAUUAAGAAGGUCAGCGACAACAAGUACGACGUCACUGGCACGAUCAAGAAGCUCGACGACAACACUGUCGAGAUCACCGAAUUGCCCAUCCACAGGUGGACACAGAACUUCAAGGCUGAGCUCGAGGCGCUGUGCGGCGAGAAGGGCGACGGCGACGUCAAGGAUUACAAAGAGUACCACAACAACAUGAACGUCCACUUCGUCGUCACCAUGUCCGAGAAGGGGAUGGAGAAGGCGGAGAAGCAGGGCUUCCACGAGUACUUCAAGCUCACCACGAAGAUCAACACCUCGAACAUGGUCUGCUUCGACUUCGACGGCAAGAUCAAGAAGUACAGCUCGCCCGAGGAAAUCAUCGAGGACUUCUACCCCCGCCGGCUCGCGUUCUACCAGAAACGGAAGGACCACCUCGCGGACGAGCUCCAGAUCCAACUCGACCGGCUCACCAACCAGGCGCGGUUCAUCAAGUUGAUCAUCGACCGCCAGCUCAUCAUUUCGAACCGGCGCAAGGCGGACAUCGUCACGGAGCUGCGCAAGAACGACUUCCGGCCGUUCCCAAAGGUCACAAAGGCAAAGGCGGCGGGCGAGAUGGAAGCAGUCGUUGAGGAGGAUGACGACGACGAUGCUGGGAGCGCCGGCAAGGGACUUAGCGAUUUCGACUACCUCCUUGGUAUGGCCAUCUGGAGCCUGACGAAGGAGAAGAUCGAAAAGCUCCUCUCGCAGGCCAAAGAGAAGGAAGACGAGUUGCUCGCGCUCCUCGCGCUCACCCCCAUCCAGAUCUGGCAGACUGACCUAGACGCUUUCCUUGCGCAGUGGAAGCAAACUUGCGAAAACUGGGAGGCGAAACUCUGUGCUGCAGAGGGCGAGAACACGGGCAAGAAGGGAAAGAAGAAGCAGGCCAAGCUCGCGUUUAAGAAACCCAAGAACGAGGACGAAGAGGAUGACGACUUCAAGCCCAAGGCUGCACCCAAGAAGAAGCCUGCCGAGCCCAAGAAGCCUGCCGAGCCCAAGAAGCCUGCCGAGCCCAAGAAGCCUGCUGCUGCCUCUGGGUCAGACGUCGUAGUCAAGAAGGCCGACAGCGACGACGACGUACCUACCCUGCCCAAGAAGCGUGCUCCCGCGAAGAAGGCGGCAAAGGUCGAAGACGACUCAGAUAUCGAAAUGUACGACGAGCCUCCACGGAAGCCUGCUGCCACGAAGAAGGCCCCCGCGAAGAAGGUCGACUCAGAGUCUGAAUUCGAGGACCCGCCGUCGGCAGGAAAGGGCAAAGGCAAGGCGAAGGCCGCUCCGAGGGCGAAGAGGAAGAGGCGAGUCGAACCUGCAACCAAGAAGUCGAGGGCGUCCCUAUUGGACUCAGACGAUGACGCCAUGGAGGUUGACCCGGCGCCCAAGAAGAAUGGCAAGCAGACGUCCAUGGCGGACUUCUUGGGCAAGCCCGGCGCCCCGAUAAAGAAGCCAGCUGCGACAGCGCGCAAGGCGUCUGGCACUGCAACGAAGGCUGCCGCGAAGAAGGCACCGAAGAAGAUUGUGUCGGAUGACGACGACGACGACGAGCUGAUUGAGGUACCGUCGCCGCCAGCAGCAGCAGCACCGAAGCGCACGGCACGCACGGCUGCAAGCAAGUCCAAGUACGUGGAGGUAUCCUCCGGGGACGACGAAGACGGCUCGGAUUUCGAAGACUAG